UUCUUGACAAUGUAAAUUGUGUGGGUUAUGUAUAAGUGACAAAAGUUGCUAAUAUUAAAAGUGAAAAAUAUGAUCAUUUACAAUGUAUAACUAAUUCCAAGUAAAUGAACGUAAGAACAGAUAUAUGCAAAGAUCUAUACUAGUUUCGAAGUGUGGCUGCUUACGAAGUGGGCUCCCAGAUACGUAUAUGUGUGUACAUAUGGGUACAUAUUUAUAUAUACUUAUGAACCAAUGCUGUGUAGGCUAAUAUAAACUAAACACCUUAACCAAUACAAAUUGAUCAAGAAAACAGUAUAUGACAAAUGCAAUGUGAAUUAGUGAUUAAUAGUCAUCAAAUUUAAAGAGAAGAGGAUUCUUUUUGUACGCGAAGAAGAGAUCAAACCGCAGAAUGAAAUUGUCGCGGAAAAACUUGUUUCUUACUGAUGCCAUAUCAGUGUUUUAUGGAUUCUGUAUAAUCCAUUUUCUAAGCUGGCGAUUACUUAAUUCUGUGCAGUGCACCCAAGAUGACGUUAUAGACAAAUUCUCCUCAAAUGACAUUGUCGCGCAGUUCAGCUUGCCUCCGAUAUCGGCUGGGUUGGGAACCAGGAGUAGUUCAACCUCCACGGCUGCGAAUUUUUCCAACCGCUCCAGCACAAAUAGUUUAAGUUCAGGUGGUGAUCUACAAUCCAAGAACUAUUUCACACACCUGAGCUAUGAUUUUACACACAACGUUUUGUACGCUGGCGCAACUAAUAAAAUACUGAAACUGAACGAAAACCUUCGCGUUCUGUCUGAAGCUGUUACUGGUCCCAAGAACGACUCUCCACAAUGCCAUGCUGGUGGCUGUCCCGAGGAUGUGGAGACCACCCUCGUUAACAACUACAAUAAAAUUCUAAUAGUAAGCUACGCACAGGAUGGCAUCCUGAUAUCAUGUGGUAGCAUUCGACAAGGUGCUUGUGAAAUAUACAGCUUGCCACGAUUUCCAGUCGCACCGCAGUUCAUUGCAGUGCCAUUAGCUGCCAACGAUGAAUUUGCUUCGACAUAUGCGUUCGUGGGACCUGCGCGAUACUCCUGGAAGGAAGAGGAUAUAUUGUAUGUGGGCACCACCUUCACCAACGUUGGUGACUAUCGGCAUGACGUACCUGCCAUCUCCUCCCGUCGUCUGGACGAUUUGAACUAUGCAGAGUUCUCGAUCCAGCAAUCAAUUAUCAAUAUUGAUGUCAAAUACCGGGAUCAUUUUUUGGUCGAUUACGUAUACGGGUUUAAUUCGUCGGAGUAUGCAUAUUUUCUACUUGUUCAGAAGAAAUCACAUCUGGCCGACGAAGCCGGGUACAUAACUCGAUUGGCUCGCAUAUGCAUCACAGAUCCGAACUACGAUAGUUACACGGAAAUAACAAUUCAGUGUACGGCCACCGAACACAAUUCCGACUACAACAUACUACGCGAUGCUAAGAUUACGCACGCCAGCCAAAAGUUGGCUCAACAAUUGGGAAUCAAGAAAGAUGAUCAUGUUUUGGUAACAGUUUUCUCCCCCUCAAAAGAGAUCAGCGAUCAGCCGGAAAAUAAGUCGGCCAUGUGUAUAUAUAGCAUAAAGGACAUUGAAGACACUUUCAUUGAGAAUAUACAUAUGUGCUUCAAUGGCACAAUCAAAGAUCGAAAUCUUGGCUAUAUAUCUGGGACAAUAAAUGACGGAAGAUGUCCGAUUGUCGGCUCUCUUGGCAACAUUUACAACUUCUGUUCUGUCGGUUUAAAGAUAAGCGGUGUGUCUCCCAUCGUGACCCACGCCCUCUUCCAUUUUGAUAAUGUAUCGGUCACGUCCGUGACGGCAACCUCAACAACUGAUCAACAACAUUCACUAGCUUUUCUUGGCACGGAUACGGGCAUUAUCAAGAAGGUUUUGCUGUCCGGUCAAGCGCCCGGCGAAUAUGAAGAAAUUAUCGUGGAUGCUGGCAACCGCAUAUUACCAAACACUAUGAUGUCGCCAAAUAAGGACUUUCUGUAUGUGCUGUCCAUGCAAAAGAUCACAAAACUGAGGAUCGAACAUUGCUCUGUUUAUACAAACUGUUCCGCCUGCCUGGAGUCUCGGGACCCUUUCUGUGGAUGGUGCUCCUUGGAGAAACGGUGCACCGUACGAUCUACCUGCCAGAGAGAUACUUCUGCAUCGCGAUGGCUUUCUCUGGGAAGUGGACAACAGUGCAUUGACUUUGAAUCCAUUGUGCCGGACAAAAUACCAAUUACUGAGCUGACGCAGCUGCAUCUGAUCAUUCGCACUUUACCGGAGCCAUUCAAUGCUAAGUAUCGCUGUGUCUUUGGCAACUCCACUCCCAUUGACGCUGAAAUACUGGAGAAUGGCCUGGCUUGUGACACGCCACCUCUGGAUCAAAGACCUAUAAUACCUAACAACGUUGACCACGUCCUGGUACCACUAUCUGUGCGCAGCUCGGAAACAAACAAGGACUUUGUGUCAAGAUCGUUUGCAUUCUUUGACUGUUCACAUCAUUCAAACUGCCAGGAAUGCAUGCACAGCUCCUGGGGCUGCAACUGGUGUGUUUUCGACAAUAAAUGUGUGCACAAGUCGCAGAAGUGUCGCAAUAUGGAAAGUGCCAUCAGUGCUGUGGCCCAAUGUCCCCAUUUGAAGCGCGCCCGUGAGCCAAUUCUUUUGCCGGUGCGUGUUCCUCAGGAAAUACGCUUGGAGAUUGAAAACCUGCCAAAGCCAAAAAGUGCUCAUGCCGGUUUCCUAUGCACCAUACAUAUUGAGGCCGCACAGAUGCUGUUGCCAGCGCAUAUUGAGGCCAACAGGAUAGUCGUGUGUGAGAAAACACCCUACUUUUACGAGACUAAUACCCACGAGUACAAGGCUAAAGUAGUUGUCACUUGGAACUUUCAGCAUUACGUGGACACUGCAAUGGUUACCCUAUAUAAGUGCGACGUCCUUGGCUCUCAUCGAGACCACGCGGACUGCAGUUUGUGCGUAACUCGUGACCCAAAAUAUCAUUGCGCCUGGUGCAGUAACUCGUGUGUAUACAAUGAGACAUGCGGAGCCAGUGAUAGCUCCUUGAAAACAGUGUUAGCAACGGCUAACCAAAGCGAGUGCCCUCGACCAAGGAUUGAUAUUAUAAAACCGCUAUCGGGACCAGUCGAGGGUGGCACUCUGGUAACAAUUGAGGGCAGCAAUUUGGGAAUACGUGAAGAAGACGUGCGUGGAAAAAUAACCAUAGGUUCAGUUCCAUGUGAACUGGUGAACUACCAAAUAUCUGUUAAGAUUGAAUGCCGCACCGGGGCAGCUGUGCACGAGAUGUCAGCACCCAUUAAGGUGGCUAAUGACGCGGGAUACACUGAAUCAAGUGUACAAUUUCACUUCAAGGACGUACAGCUUACCGGAUUAUACCCAACGAUUGGACCCAAAUCGGGAGGCACGCAAUUGUCUCUAAUGGGAAAAUUCUUGAACAUUGGUUCUAACAUUCGCGCUUUUCUAGAUGAAUAUGAGUGCCACGUCAACGUGUCCCAGGCACUGUCUUCGCAAGUCAGCUGCACUACCUCAGAGGCUACACAGCCCGAGCCGAUACGCUCGCUGCGCCUGGUUAUAGACGGCGCUAACCGAACGUUUACCUGUCAGAAUCCAGUCAACAGUUUUGGCAACCAGCAUAGGGUGACAAGUCCCUCUCGUAGCUACUUUAGUUCUUAUCAAAUCCGCACCCCGCCACGACAAGCAUGCUCAAUCUUUAACUAUACCCAGGAUCCCCGGAUAAUGCAAAUCAAACCUCUACGCAGCUUUAUAAGUGGCGGUCGAGUUCUAACUGUGCACGGCAUGUACCUGGACUCUAUUCAAAAGCCAGAGCUGGAGGUUUUCUUCGAUAAUGAGCGGGUGAACAAAACUUCCUGCGUUGUCAUUAACUCCAGUCAGAUGGAGUGUCCGUCUCCACCAGUGAAUCUUAAGUUCCAGUUGUUAAAAAAUAGCGGCAAAAUGAGAGACUCUGAGUCGGGUCUGAAGAACUCUACGGUGACCACUGAAGUCACGGGGCACAGUGGAUUGGCAAGGCGAAAACGCAAAGCCAAAGCCCAAAUAACCGAUCACUUUCAAUUUUACUCGACAGGCGGUACAGUGUCCAGCUAUUUUACCUCUAAUAACCUGGAUGUAACGGCUUUUGUUAAAGUUCAUGAAACACAAUUAAAUCUGCAGCUUAGUUUUGUAAUGGAUAACGUGCAACUGGUUCGGGACUUGAGCAAAUAUUUUCAUGAUAUUCGCAGUACGAUUGUUUAUAUGGCCGAUCCAAAGUAUCUGCCAUUUCCUAACGAUGGCGUUAAGCUAUAUAAGGGGGAUACUUUGGUCAUCGAAGGCGAGCUAUUGAAUUUAGCGGCUGACGAGUAUGACGUGAAUGUUACUAUCGGCACUUCGCAAUGCAACAUCACCAGCCUGGCACUCACACAGCUGCUAUGCAUUCCACCACAGCAGCAACCUUCUCCAACUGACGAAAAUGGCGUGGAUCAAUCCCAAGAUUUGCCUUUAGUAGUUGUUAAAGUGGGACGUAAUCUGCGUUUUGUCAUUGGCUACCUAAAGUAUGAUCUAAACAAACCAUAUGCGUUUUCUCAUGCAUUAUUCGGCAUAAUGCUGACGGUGGCCGCCCUUGUUAUAGUUCUGGUUAUUAUACUUAUCAUAUUUAGGAGAAAGUCUACACAGGCCGAGCGAGAGUACAAACGCAUUCAGAUUCAGAUGAUAACACUGGAAAGCAAUGUGCGCUCCGAGUGCAAGCAGGCAUUUGCCGAGCUUCAGACCGACAUGACUGACCUAACAGCUGACUUGGAGAGCAGCGGAAUACCAACUCUUGAUCACGUGAACUACAUAAUGAAGGUUUUUUUUCCCGGAGUUUCGGAUCAUCCCAUUCUAAAUUCUCCAAAAUUCCGUGGAAACAGUCCACAAACUAAUUAUGAUGCCGCUAUGAUACAGUUUGAGCAGCUUAUUGGCAACAAAUAUUUUCUGCUAAUAUUUAUAGAGACCUUGGAGGCUCAGCGGUCAUCGUUUUCAAUACGUGAUCGAGUAAACGUGGCUUCGCUGCUUAUGGUUGUUCUAAUGAAUAAGAUGGAAUACGCCACUGAGAUCUUAAAGUCGCUUCUAUUGCGUUUAAUUGACAAAUCACUUACCAGCAAGCACCCUCAGCUAAUGCUGCGUCGUACAGAGAGUGUUGUAGAAAAAAUGCUGACCAAUUAUCUGGCGAUUUGCAUGUACGACUAUUUGAGGGAAUAUACUGGAUCCAGUCUCUUUUUGUUGUUUAAAGCAAUUAAGCAUCAAAUUGAAAAGGGCUUGGUGGAUGCCAUAACAAACGAUGCGCGAUACUCCCUCUCAGAAGAGCGUCUACUACACGAACAAGUUACUCAUUCCAUUGUAAUAUUGCAUAUCCUACAAGAUGAUCUCGAUGAGAAGGUCCAAUGUAGAGUUAACGACUGGGAUACCAUAUCUCAAGUCAAGCUGAAAAUACUUGACGCUAUUUUUAAAAACACCCCGUUUUCCAUGCGCCCAUCUGUUCACGAAGUGGACUUGGAGUGGAGACACGGCCGUGGGGGUCACCUAACCUUGCAGGAUGAAGACUUGACCACAAAAACAAUAAGUGGCUGGAAGCGGCUAAACACAUUGGCUCAUUAUGGAGUUAAAGAAUCUGCGGUAAUGUCACUUAUCGUAAGACAAAAUGAUAGCUACCAUAUACCCUAUAGUAAAAACCAACACCCAGCACCAUACCACAAUUUUUAUUUCAUAAAUAAUUCCCAAAGCCACAUUAUAAUAAACAACGACAUCGAGUCCGGGCUGCAGCAGCCUCGACUAUAUCAUCUGGUUAAACCGAUUAUGCCUGAACAUUAUAUGAACAUCAAAAACUCGGCCAUGUCUGGUGCAUUGUCGGCAUCGCAAGCCUCACAUUGCGUUAGCAAUGCCAACGAGAGGGUGAAUAAGACUAUACCAGAAGUAUACUUGACUCGGUUGCUUGCAACCAAAGGCACUAUACAAAAAUUUGUUGAUGAUUUCUUUUCAAUAAUUCUUACUGUUAAUGAGGAGCUACCCCCGGCAGUGAAAUGGCUUUUUGACCUGCUAGAUGAAGCGGCUCGACGCCAUAAUAUCGCCGAUACUGAUAUAGUUCACGCAUGGAAAUCAAAUAGCUUACCUUUGCGAUUCUGGGUUAAUUUUAUAAAGAACCCUGACUUUAUAUUUGAUGUAAAUAAGACAUAUUGUGUGGACUCCUGUUUAAGUGUGAUAGCACAAACCUUUAUGGACUCAUGUUCAACAUCAGAGCAUCGACUUGGAAAGGAUUCUCCUUCAAAUAAGCUGCUUUUUGCAAAAGAUAUUCCAAACUAUAGAAUUAUGGUUAAGGAUUUUUACCGAGACGUGGCUCGGCUUCCCCAGAUAAGUGAUCAGGAAAUGAGUACAGCUAUGCAGCAAUUGUCAGUACAGCAGAACGACGAGUUUGACAGUAUCUCUGCUUUGAAAGAGUUAUACAUUUACAUAACCAAAUAUAAAGAUCAGAUAAUGGAAGCCCUUGAUUCGGACAUAAACUGUCGAAAGAUGCACCUUUCCCGGAAAUUGGAAAAUGUUGCGUGCACCCUCGAUGGCGACAAUACAUCUAAUUGCUGACAUGAAUAUCAAUAUGCAAUAUUCAUAAUUUACAGAGCUUCCUAUGCAACAUUAUGCAUUGGCGCCUACGCCUGAAAUAGGUUAUUAUUGACAUUGGGUUAAUACAAUAUUUUGUUGAAAUCUCCGUAACACGUAAAUAAGUUUUAUUUUAGUUAAUAGGUCUCUACAAAUAAAACUUGCUGUAGCGAUUUUUAAGCAAACCAUACGAAGAAAAUUCUGAACUUUAACAAAAUUCAUGUUAUCCAGCAUUUAAAGACUAUUCAACGACUGAAUGUAUAAUUCUCAAAUAGAACAUAAAUUUAAGUAAGGAUUGUAUAUACAACUUCAAAAUGACACUACCCGACCCCAGUUUCCGAUAAGAACUUUUUAAAACAUUUUUUAUAAACUAUUUUUCUAUUCUUUCCACGUAAGUUAAUGAAAUGGUUCCAAUGAACUUUGCCAUUAAUGACAACUUAUCAUUUCGACUUUUCCUGAAAAUACCCCACAAGAAUGUUAAUCUUUCAUUUGAAAGCUGAAUAUUUCCCAGACGAUAAGUUAAAACCUGAAAGUGUUUGGGUAUACUUUUUUGGUGCAUUUAUUAGUUUUUACAAUGACAAAAUUCAUUACAACCUGAUACAAAAGUUAUGUGGAAAAAGCGCUACCUCUAAGAAAAACUUUCAUAAUAAUACCGGUUAUUUUUUACAUAUUUAAAAAAAGUUUAGCUAUAGAAAAAAA